GCUAGUGUUGAGGCUCGGGCGUUGCGUUGCCAACAACAACAACCACAGUAAAAGCAAACAAAACAGCAACAACAACAACGUCGCGCCCAGCAGUUGCUGAAAAUGUGUGAUAAAAAUGCUAAAUUAGUUGACAACUAAAUAAAGUAAUAACAGUAAUAGCAACAGCAGCAAAACAACAACAAGUGAAACGAAGCGAAAUAAAAACGUGUGAGCUACCACGCAACCCCGCAGCACAAACAUGGCCUGUUUUCCACGCCUCUUCCAACCCCGGAGCAAAAAUAAAUUCACGCCAGCCGAAGAUGUAAAUACGGACACGAUACUGAACUCACAAGAUAGUCCCGUGCAAAUUGGACUCUACAUACGCCGUGAGGAGAAACCGCUCUACACACCGCUCCCAACGCCCAGUGCCAGUGAGGCCCAACUACAACGCCCAAGGCAACAACAGCCCACGAGUCCCACACCCUCGCAACAACAGCAACAGCAACAACAACAACAACCACCAUGGCAAUGGCAUCAGCCGCUAGAGUCCGAACUUCAAAAUUUGGCCGAAAAUGUGGCAGUUAGUGACAGCACCAGGCAGAUAAAGAAGUUCCGCUCAAACAAGGAUAAACUGCAGCACCAGCUGUCCAUUGCUAGCAGGGAUAAGGACAACAAUGGACGCCUAUCGGCUGUUAACAGCGCUGCCGGCGACCUCAAUGGCAAUGCAAUUAAUGUCAUGCGCUCCAAUUCAAAAUUAAAACCAGUCAAAGAGCGACGUCCCACAGCACUGCCCACAGAGGCGCCCAGUGUGGCAGCCGACGAUUCGGAUGGGGAGAAGGCGGAAGCGGCAAGCAGUGCCUGUUGCUCUGAUGUUGUUGACGUUGGUGGCAAGUCAAGGCUCAAAGUGAAUGUGCUUCUGAAUGGCAUAAUUGAUGGCGAUGACGACGGCACCUUUAUUACGACUCCUACUAGUCCUGAGACACCGACAAAUGUAAAAUUUUUCAUUGGUCAUACGCAGGAACUAAGUACGGACCAGACUGAUGAUGCUUUGUCCUGGCAGGACAGGAGCAACGAUGCCAACAACAACAACACCACCGCCACCACCAGCAGCAGCAGCAGUAAGCUGACAAAUGGCACAUUACCGCAAGCCCAUGGCCAUCAGACUCUGAAGCCAACAUCGAAAAACUCCAGCAAUGUGUCACUCAAUUAUCUGACAAAGUGUAAGCGCUCGGACGCCAAAGUGGACGUCGAUGCCGGCACACCCGAUAUUUACAUACCGGCACCACCGCCCAUGCCCACCGAACCCCUCAUGCCCGGCACGCCACUGCAUCUGCGCAAGAAGAAGCGCAGCGCCCGAACAUCAGUGACAGCGAAUGCGGUGCCGCCACAAACACUGAAUGCUUCGAAUAGCCAGGAUCAAAUAGCCUUGCCCAAGGACAGCGAUAAGAGCUCGCCGAAGGCACAUCGCGUUGAAGGUGGCCUCAUAUUCACGCGACCGAAUUUUCCGGUGCAAAAGGACAUUGAAAUCGAAUUUAUCGCCAAGGAUGAAGCCACACGCAAUCUCAUACACAAUGCCAUCGAACGUAAUGAUUUCCUCAAUAAUCUAAUGGACAAAGAGCGCCAGGAAAUGGUUAUCAAUGCAAUGGCGCCGGCAAACUAUGACAAGGACAGCUUCAUAAUACACGAGCACGAGGAGGGCUCCGAAAUCUAUGUCUCUGCCGAGGGCUACUACGAUGUGAUCAAGGGGGGCCAGCAUGUUGGAAACUUUGGACCGGGCACAGUGUUCGGCGAACUGGCCAUACUCUACAAUGCCCCCAGGCAGGCAACCAUCAAGGCGGCUACGGAUGCACGGGUGUGGAAGAUAGCACGCGAGACCUUUCGGGCCAUUAUGCAAAUAUCAGGUUCCCGUGAGCGUGAGGAGAACUUGCAGUUUCUGCGCUCUGCGCCAUUUCUGGAAGAGCUCGAAGAAAGUUUGCUUAGCAAAGUGGCUGAUCUGUUGCAGCGUAAAUUCUACGAUGGCGGCAGCUGCAUUGUGCGCGAAGGUGAGUUGGGCAAUGAAUUUUUCAUCAUACGCGGCGGCACAGUGACCAUCAAGAAGAAGGAUGAGGCCGGGGAGGAGCAGGUGGUGGCCAAGCGCAAACGCGGUGACUUCUUUGGGGAGAAGGCGCUUAUGAAUGCGGAUCGGCGACAGGCGAGCGUAUACGCAGAUCCACCCGGCACGGAGAUCCUUCAGCUGGAGAGAGAAGCAUUCAAUAGCUAUCUGGGCACCAUAAAGCAACUGCAGGAGCAACCAGAAGAGGACGAUGGCACGUCCGGUCGCUCCAGCAAUAAAAGUGCCGAGUUCGACAAUGAGUUUGCGCAAAUACCCAUCUCAGAGCUCAAAAAGAUAGCAACACUGGGCUCGGGGGCAUUCGGACGCGUCGAUUUGGUCACGCAUGGCAAUCAGGUGUUCGCCUUGAAGAUUAUCAAGAAGAUCGAUGUGGUCAAGCAGGAUCAAAUAGAGCAUGUGUACAAUGAGAAGAACGUGAUGAUUCAGUGCCGUAAUUCGCCAUUUAUAGCGCAGCUCUAUCGCACCUAUCGUAAUGAAAAGUAUGUGUACUUUUUGAUGGAGGCGUGCAUGGGUGGCGAUGUUUGGACAGUGAUGUAUAAGCGUCAGUAUUUCGAUGAAAAGACUGCCAAGUUCAUAGCCGGUUGUGUUGUGGAGGCCUUCCAUUAUCUGCACUCUCAUAGCAUUAUCUACAGGGACUUGAAACCGGAGAACCUUAUGCUGACCACAGACGGCUACUGCAAGCUGGUGGACUUCGGCUUUGCCAAGUAUGUGCGUCCGAAUGAGAAGACCAACACUUUUGCAGGCACACCCGAGUAUGUGGCGCCCGAGAUAAUACUGGAUCGCGGCCACGAUCGGUCUGUGGACUAUUGGGCUCUGGGAAUUCUGAUAUUCGAGCUGCUGGUGGGCAAGACGCCAUUCCGUGGCAUCAACCAAAUUAAAAUCUAUCAGCAAAUUCUCAGCGGCAUCGAUGUCAUCCAUAUGCCCUCACGUAUUCCCAAAUCGGCCCAACAUCUGAUCAGACAUCUGUGCAAGCAGCUGCCUGCUGAACGCUUGGGCUAUCAGAGACGCGGCAUUGCAGAUAUUAAGAGACAUAGCUGGUUCGAUAGUUUGGAUUGGACGCGUUUAAAAGAGAAACAGUUGCCCUCACCCAUCAAGAGACCGCUGAAGAGUCCCACAGAUUUGCAAUAUUUUGGACCGUCGGGUGUGGAGAACGAUUAUGAGCCGCCCGAAGAGUUGAGUGGCUGGGAUGUAGAUUUUUAGUGGCGUGUUGGCACUCAAUGACAAAGAUAUUGCUGACAAAUAAUUGGUACUCUUCUGUAGAUAUGUGUUUUUACAUUAAGGUGUAGUUUUUAAAUGUAUGAGUAUGUGAGGAAGAAGUAUUAAUGCAGCUUUAAGCAUAAGGAUUAAUGCAUGUAGAUUAAUUAAUUGCAAAUAAAUUGAUAUUAAUGUUUUUUAAA